AUGAUCUGCUCACGCUGGCUAGCCACCCUGCUGGGUGGCUCGCUCGCCAUCCAGGGCACCCUGGCGGCGGUCACGGUCCAAGUGGACGAUGAAAACUCCCUUAAAACUGCCGCCAAGACGGUCGCAUCAGACAUGAUGGACUUUUACAAUUCCCGUGACUCGAAAGAUAUUCCCGGUAAAUUCGACGGCACUUGGUGGGAAGGUGGCUCCAUGUUCAUGACACUCAUUCAGUAUUGGUGGUUGACUGGGGAUUCGCAGUUCAAUGCGGCCAUCCAGGCGGGCAUGUACUGGCAAAAGGGUGACGACGACUUCUUCCCAAGCAACUACAGUCAGUACUUGGGCAACGACGAUCAAGUCUUCUGGGGUCUGGCCGCGAUCACCGCGGCCGAGGUGAAUUUCCCCGAGUUGUCGGGCCAGCCAUCCUGGGUAUCACUCGCGCAGGGUGUCUUCAACACCCAGGUGCCUCGCUGGGACACUAGCAGCUGCCACGGUGGGAUGCGCUGGCAGAUCUGGCCCUACCAAAGUGGUUACCUCACCAAGAACGCCAUCUCCAACGGUGGUCUCUUCCAAUUGGCGGCGCGUCUCGCCCUCUACACCAAGAACGCGACAUAUGCCGAAUGGGCCGAGCGCAUCUGGGACUGGAGUGCCACCACGCCCUUGCUGAAGCAGAAGAACUGGAAUAUUGCCGACUCCACCACCUGCGAGACUCAGUGUACUGACCAUGGCGAUUGGCAAUGGACCUAUAAUUACGCUACUUUCAUUACCGGUGCUGGGUACAUGCACAACUACACCAACGGAACCGCCACGAAAUGGAAAGAGGGCGUCCAAGGAUUGCUCGGCUCCUCCGAGCAAUUCUAUCCCACACAGGGCUACAACAAUGCGGGAGGCAACGUCUUGUCCGAAAUCACUUGUGAACCGAUCGACAAGUGUGAUCGCAAUCAGAAAACCUUUAAGGCCUAUUUCUCGAAUUGGCUAGCUUUGAUCACCACCAUUGUGCCGGGCACAUCGGACCUGAUCAUGCCCAAGCUGCGAACCUCGGCGCAGGCCGCCGUGGAAACUUGUACUGGAGGCUCCAACGGCAAUCUCUGCGGCACCAAGUGGUACAGCCGACAGACUGACCCCGCCAAUGAACUCGCUUUGGAGCAGGAGAUGUCAGUGUUGGGAGUGCUGAACGCCAACCUGAUCCGAUUCAAGAACCAAGCUCCUCUGUCGGCGGACAACGGUGGUACCUCGAAAAGUAACCCGAAUGCUGGUACCAACAGCACGAACCAGCAAGCGCCCAUUAUGAAUCAGGUCACGACGGGUGAUCGUGCCGGUGCUGGCAUCCUCACCUUUGUCUUCGUGACCGGCUGGGCAGUGGCGGUGACUUGGAUGAUCCGGGGCGGUUAG